GAUAGCUGAGUGCUCUGCUGAGCAUUUAAAGAAGCCUGGCUGCUGCUUGUAGGCUAUUGCUGCUGCUUUGUCCUGGCGAGGACAGGCUGGGUCUUGUUGAGGCUGUGCUGGCUCUGCCCAUAUUGUUCUUGUUAUGCGGGAUGACAGGCAGUAAUUGACUGAGUUUGACAAAGGACAAGCCCAAUGUGGUAUGGAAGAUGGAGUUGCACAUGCACAGUCCCUGUGAAUUUGCAGCCAGCCAGUGAAGUCCCCACUGAAGGCCACUGCACAGGUACAUGAAUAUGCAGUGAAGAGUGACUAUAGAAUACUGUGUGUUGCUAAACUUAUAUAAAAGAUUUCUCAAGAACAAGGCAUCUGCAAAACUUUAAACCUCAGUGAUGCUGAUUAAACUCUGGGAAGAAAACUGAAAGUAUUGUUCAAAAUCUGUGCCAAAACUGAUUCUGUUAUAGAGCUGGAUACUUCUGUCCUGGUCCUCUACCAGCUCUAUUCAGCACAGAAAGUUGGUCUGCAGCUGGUGUCGCAGCAUCUCCUCUAGCUGGUGAAACAUUCCCACCAGGGCCACUUCAGCAGGGGCUGGUGAGCUCCUGGACAGCCUGACCUCUUGGGUCUGUGAGCAGACUUUCCUUCAGUCCCAACAAGUGAUUGCUCUUGUUAACUGAAACAGUCUUCCCUGGAUAUCUCUGAAAGGUUUCUUCUAGGCCUGCUGAAAAAUGGAUCUCAACAAAGAAGGGAAAAAGAAGAAUGGAGAAGAGAAAUUCUGUUGGCUGGUUUUCACAAGAAUGAAAGUUUGGUGAAUAAGGCCCAAGGCACUAUAAGGAAAAGGGAUGGGAGGACAGCGUGACCCCUUUCACCACCUGCUCUGUGCCCCAGCCUCUGAGAAGGCAGAUCUGUACCUGGCUCCUGAAGGAUGGGGUGGGAUGUGCUGUGGCACAGGGAGCAAGAGCUGUGAGAAAACCCCACAUUGCCUCAAAGCAGCAGCUCCACACUCUGGGCAGGCAAUUGUCACAAUUCCAACUAAAAAGUACUUCUGCUGGCAGCGAGUAGUCAUGAAUUUGUCUCACCUAAACAACAGAGCUGAGAACCACUUCAAAGUGUCAGAGGUGCAUGAACUGGAGACAGUGGGGAAGAAAGCUUGGGACAAUCCUGUUUACAAUGGCUCUCCCUCUACCUCCUUGAAAAUUCAAACCAUCUACAACCCCAAGUCUGUCCUGGAGAAUCCCUAUGAGAAUUUUGAAGAGGCUGGGGAUCCACUGCCCUACCAGGAAGAACAGAGCAAAGCUGUGAAUGGGAAGACAAGUCCUUUCCUCAAGUGCUGCUUCUACAUCUUCAGAGGCAUCCGAGGUCUGUGGGGCACUACGCUGACAGAGAACACAGCUGAAAACAGGGAGCUGUAUGUGAAGACCACCCUGCGAGAGCUGCUGGUCUAUGUUAUGUUCCUGGUGGACAUCUGCCUCUUGACAUAUGGAAUGACAAGUUCCAAUGCCUAUUACUACACCAAAGUGAUGUCUGAGCUCUUCCUGCAGACCUCUACAGAUGGUCGUGUCUCCUUCCAGUCCAUUGGCAGCAUGGCUGACUUCUGGGUGUAUGCACAAGGUCCCCUGCUGGAUAACCUGUACUGGACAAAGUGGUACAACAACGAGUCCCUGGCGGCGCGCAGCACCCAGUCGUACAUCUACUACGAGAACCUGCUGCUGGGUGUCCCACGCAUGAGGCAACUCAAGGUGAAGAACAACUCCUGUGUGGUCCACGAUGACUUCAAGGAGGAAAUCUCAGGUUGCUAUGACGUAUACUCUGAAGACAAGGAGGAAAGGGUCUCCUUUGGGCUCAUCAAUGGAACGGCGUGGAGGUACCAUUCUGAGGAGGAGCUGGGUGGUUCAUCUCACUGGGGAAGACUAACCAGUUACAGUGGGGGAGGAUACUACAUAGACCUCAAGAUGACCAGAGAAGAGAGUGCUGAAGCCCUGCAGGUCUUGAAGGAGAAACUGUGGCUGGAUCGGGGAACACGAGUUGUCUUUAUUGAUUUCUCUGUGUAUAAUGCAAAUAUCAAUCUAUUCUGUGUUCUGAGGUUAGUGGUUGAGUUUCCAGCCACUGGUGGUGCCAUUCCCUCCUGGCAAAUCCGGACAGUGAAGCUUAUACGAUAUGUCAGCACAUGGGACUUCUUCAUUGUUGCCUGUGAAAUCGUGUUCUGUGUCUUCAUCUUCUACUAUGUGGUGGAAGAGGCUUUGGAGCUCCGUAUCCACAAGUUUCAGUACUUCACCAGCAUCUGGAACAUUCUGGAUGUGGUUGUCAUUCUGCUCUCCAUUGUUGCUAUUGGGUUUCACAUCUUUCGCACCACUGAGGUGAACAGGCUGCUGGGAGAGCUGCUGGAGCACCCUGACACCUACGCAGACUUUGAAUUCCUGGCAUUCUGGCAGACGCAGUACAACAACAUGAAUGCAGUCAACUUAUUUUUUGCCUGGAUCAAGAUAUUCAAGUACAUUAGCUUUAACAAAACCAUGACCCAGCUCUCCUCCACGCUGGCACGUUGUGCCAAGGACAUCCUGGGCUUUGCCAUUAUGUUCUUCAUUGUCUUCUUUGCCUAUGCCCAGCUGGGUUACCUUCUUUUUGGGACACAAGUGGAAAACUUCAGUACCUUUGUUAAAUGCAUUUUCACCCAGUUUCGGAUCAUUCUUGGUGAUUUUGACUACAAUUCCAUUGACAAUGCCAACAGGGUCCUUGGGCCUCUUUACUUUGUCACCUAUGUGUUCUUUGUUUUCUUUGUGCUUCUGAACAUGUUUCUGGCCAUCAUCAAUGACACCUACUCCGAAGUCAAGGAGGAGCUUUCGAGCCAGAAGGAUGAGCUGCAGCUCUCUGACAUCUUGAAGCAGAGCUACAACCGGACACUUACGAGGCUGAAGCUGAAAAAGGAGAGGAUUUCUGAUGUGCAGAAAGCCCUGCAGAAUGGAAGGAAACAACUAGACUUUGAAGACUUCAAGAACAGCUUGAAGGAACUGGGCCAUGCAGACCAUGAGAUUACAGCAGCUUUCUCCAGCUUUGACAAAGAUGGCAACUACAUCCUUGAUGAAGAGGAGCAACAGCAGAUGAAGCGUGACCUAGAGGCAAAAAGGGUUGCUCUGAAUACAGAGAUUGAAAAUCUGGGGAAAUCCUAUGGUGACAACAACCCCGAUGAGAAUCUGACCUACAUGGAAGCAAGGAAUAACCACACCAAUAAGGCCACCUGGGUCUCCAAAGAAGAGUUCCAAGUCCUCCUGCAUCGUGUGCUGCAGCUGGAACAGUCCAUAAACAGCAUUGGCUCCAAGAUUGAUGAAGUGGUGAACAAGCUCAAUGUGCCAGAAAGAAAAGAGCUGAAGAGGAAGGAUCUGUUGGGCAAACCACUGGGUGAUGUUAGCAAGGAGAAAGAAGCCAGUCAGGAAGAGCUGCAUUCCCAGAGCCUAGACCAGCUGGGAAAAGAAGCAGAAAGUUGGGGGAUGGAACACAUACAGAGAAACAACCUGAGUGGCAACUCUUCCCAAAAUGGGGUCUAUCACAUCUUGCCCAAGUCAAGUGUGCUGGGGUCUCAGGUGCCCAAGAACCUCUAGCCAGUCUAAAGUGCACUUCUAUAGCAGUGCUCCCAGUCUGGCUGCCAUGGUACCAAGUCACUGUCAAUUUUCCCCCUACUAUUAGGAUAAUGCAGAGAGCUGGACACAGACACCACUGUUGCCAGCAAUUCUUAAUGUGAAAAAUCAGGGAUGUUUUUCUCCAAUGUAAUGAUGUAUCAUGUCAGUUGUCCCCCUUCACCUUCUCCCCUGUACCCAUAUCUCAGGAAGAGGUGAAAUUUGGCACUAGGUGAUGUAUUAGGUUUCUGCCUCUGAAGAGGCCGGCCCAACAUUUUUUAUCUAACCUUCCCCAAAAAGUAGGGACCCCAGAACUCUGACCGUUUGUGUCCAGAUAGGCAUAUUGCAACUUGUUCCCAACACAUGAUGGUCUGCAGGAGAAAGAUAUGGCUGUCGUGUAAAGAAAGCAGAAUAUAAUCACCAGUGUGAAAUGGGAAGAAGAAAUGUAGUUGUUUCUACUUGGCUACAGCCAGUUUUGUUCUGUUGUAGUUUGUUUCCAGAUUACCUUGGUAACCCUCUGUACCUUAGAUUCAGGUGUUGAGGAAAGAGGUUACUAGUACUUAACUCUGGAUAACUGCAAUAAGAGUUGACACCAGUGUAAUUGGAGAAGGUUUGAAAUAUUCUGAAAUGAGAAGCAGUUGGUGAAGUCCUAGGUCUGAGUGUUAGGGAACAAACUUCUGGUUAUAUGAUUUCUAACAUAGUUGUUGACACAAAGAAAUCUGUCAUUUAUUUUCACACUCCUUAAAUUGCAUCUCAAGGUUCUUGCACCUUGCAAACUAGCACCCCAUUUAUGAAGUUUGAUGCCUCUUGUUUUUGUCAAGGAAACAAAUUUGCAGUUUUGGGUGCUGACACCAUUCGUGUUGAAGAAUAUUGUAAAAAUCAGAUGAGUGUCAGUUUUUUACCACAUGCAAAAUACUUCUUUUCCAAGCAUUUUUGUGUUUGCUGAGACUUCUCUUUCCUUGUAAUUUGUGCAGGCUAUUACUGCUAUUACAGGGCCAUUGUAAAUAUAUUUCAAAUACCUUAAUGACUGAUAUUCUGAAUAGUUAACCUCAAAUAGGCUCCAUAGGCUUAAAGCCAAUAGAAACAUGAGCUGUACCAGACCACUGCUAACAGCUCUCAUUAGUGCUA